GCAAAUUAAAAAGAAUCCAAAUUCUUGGAUAAAAAAUUUCAAAAACCAAAUCUUUAGCUUAAAAAGUUAUCUAAAAAUAUAAUUUUUAGAUUUGAGUUCAAAGGCUAGCGAGAGAAGAAAAUGGCAACACCUACGAGAAAGUCCCACACAAACACCUCUGAUCUCCUGACGUGGUCAGAGGCCCCGCCGGCUUACACUUCUGCCACCGGAAAUGUAACCCGGUUCGCCACUCGUCCUAAUCAGCCCUCGGAUGGAAUCGGUAAGGUGCUGUUUGGAGGUCAGAUCUCUGAUGCAGAAGCUGAUAGCCUUAAUCGAAGGAAGCCUUGUUCAGGGUAUAAACUAAAGGAGAUGACUGGCAGCAAAAUAUUUGCAGCCAAUGGUGAAAAUGGGGGAUUGGAAUCUGGAACUUCUGAUAAUCGAACAUCUGUGCGCAUUGUGCAGCAAGCUACGAAUGGUUUAAGCCAGAUUUCCUUUAGUACUGAAGAAAAGAUUUCUCCUAAGAAGCCAACCACUGUUCCUGAGGUUGCAAAACAGCGAGAAUUAAGUGGAACGAUCGAAAGUGAGUCGGAGAGCAAGAUUAAGAAGGCGCUGUCAAAUGCUAAAUGCAAGGAACUUAGUGGGAAUGAUAUUUUUGGCCCUCCACCUGAAAUUCUUCCUCGAUCAUUAGCAGCUCGGGCUUUGGAAUCAAAAGAAAUCAAAGAUAUGGGUGAACCUGCACCACGAACUGUACGAACAUCUGUCAAAGUUUCAAAUCCUGCUGGAGGUCCAAGUAAUAUUUUAUUUGGGGACGAACCCAUGGUCAUGACUUCAAAGAAAAUUCACAACCAGAAGUUUGCAGAGCUGACAGGCAAUAACAUUUUCAAGGGAGAGGUUGCUCCAGGUUCGGCUGAGAAGUCAUUGAGUAUGGCUAAGCUUAAAGAAAUGAGUGGCAGUGAUAUAUUUGCAGAUGGCAAAGUCGAAUCCAAAGACUACUUUGGUGGUGUACGCAAACCCCCGGGUGGCGAGAGCAGCAUUGCAUUGCUUUGAUUUAGUCAAUGGCUCUGAACUUCUCGCAUCCCAUUCUGGUUUUUAUCUUUAUUUCAGCUCAAUUAGUGAGUUUUAAGGUUCCGAAGGAUCAAUAGUGUUUAUUGUAAAUUUACUGGGAUGGUAUAUCUAUAAAGUGUCGAACUGAUCUCAAACGUGAUGAAUGUUGCUUGGGUACUGAACUCAGUUCCACUCUUUACUUUCUUCUUCCAGCUCUUCGAUUUUGAGAUGUGCUAUUGAAUCGAAGCUUUGAUCU